CACACUUGCCUUUGCCCACUUCUGCUCUGUCAGUGAGAAAACUCUAAAAGUUAAAAUGUUGUUGGAACUUGCUGGUGUUCUGCACUUGAUCUUUCUGAUACACGCUCAAGGUUCCCCUUUUCAGAAACCCUGGGCUGUGACAUGUGAUGAUGAAAGCAUCUGUACAUUGGAAACGUCACAUGUGUUCAUUAAGUGCUCUUACACACACACCAACAUCCACACUGUGAUCUGGUUCAGUCCUAAACAGAAAAAUAAAUGGAAGAAUGAGAAUUAUCCAGAGGAUCUAGCUUUGGACUCAGACUUUGCUGGGCGUGUGAAUCACAUAGAGACCCUAAACUCCAGCACGUUGUCAAUAAGAGACGUGAGACUGGGAGACUCUGGAGAAUAUCGCUUCAUGCUCGUCACAGCAAACGGAGAGAAAUAUCUCAGCUCGAUAGCCGUGAAUCUAACAGUGACAGAUCUGCAGGUGAGGAUACAUCCUGGCAUCACAGAACAGGUAUUAAAUCUUACCUGUAGCACACAUUGCAGACUGACUGCAAAAUGGAACACCUGGUGGAAGAAUGGCAAACGUAUAAAAGCUCACCUAAAUGCUGAGCCUCUUCUCUUAUCUGCUGGUGAUGGAGGCAGCUACUUCUGCUCACUCAAAACCAAAAAUAAGGUGAUCCAUUCCCCUGCAGUAUGUGUCUGGGAAAAGAAUUGUUGGAAUGUGAUUUAUGCACAGAGAAGAGUGUGUGCUUUCAAAGGUUCAUCUGUGAACUUCCCCUGCACUUACUCAUAUCCCAGUGGACAAAAAGUCAAUGAAAGCUACUGGAUGUUCAAUCAGAAUGACGUGAGGCUCUUGGAGCAGUUUGCAGGUCGUGUGGAGUUUGUUGGAAAUAAAGAGAAUAACUGCACUCUAAGACUGACUGACCUUAAAGAGAGCGACUCUGGAGAUUAUCGCUUUCUCUUCACCACUGAUACCACCCAGCCAGUCUUCAGUAGCUCACUCAGCAUCCAGCUGAUUGUUACAGAUGUUCAGGUCAGGGUGAGAUCUGCCAACAUGUCCGAGGGACAGACAGUAACACUGAGCUGUAUCACCAGCUGUACUCUCCCCUACCAUACAUUAAGCUGGUACCAGAAUGGCCAACGUGUAAUGAACAAACUCACCAAACACAACAAUAUUUAUCUGGAUGUACUUAGCUACAAGGAAAAGGACAAUUACACAUGUGCUGUAAGAGUCAUUGAAGCUAAGAGCUAUACAGCAGCUUCAGGAGGUGAUGGGUGGUGGAUUCAGCAUGCUAUAUGGGCAGGAGGGGGAUUCAUGGCUGUAUUAACUCUACUUAUUGCCGUUCAGCUUAUCAGGAGGGCAAGACGAACAGAGAAUGAUACAGAUAUCCAGGCUGUAGAGGUUUCACUAACAGACACCUACACUUCUCUAAGCCCUGCAAACCGGUCCUCUGAGUACAGCACACUGUUUGCUUAUUCAAGGAUAACGAGCAGGACAGAAAGAGAUGCACACAGUCAGGCUGCAAAGGCUUCGGGCAGUACGGUAGAGAGAAAAGUCUCAGACUCAGUGUAUGAAAAUGUAGAAUGCAAGAUGUAGAAUUUAAGAACUGGUCCACGUUCAAUAUACAAGUUUUGAACUGACCACACCACACAUGAUUUUAAUUCAGUAUGUAAAAUGGAGUGUUAACAAUUUAACUGAUUGCAAUUCCAAAAUUUUGAAUUGGGAUUUAAUCAAUUCUAACAUAUGGUUUAUAGUAUAACCUGUAAUAAAAUAAUGUGUAAUUUAUAUCAAGUUGUUUCAAUGUCAGCAGUAAAACAACAACAAAAUAAUAAUUAGUUUAGCAGCAAAGAACAUCCAUCAGUUAAAAGUAUACAAAAAACAUGAAUCUGGCACGUACAGCUAUGAGACUUAAAGAUAAGAAUAUAACGAUACCAAAAAUGAUCAAACCAAUACAAAUCACAACACCUUAACUUGCGCAGACCAUUUUAACAUAUUCUUUUAAGUCUUACUCCAUGAUAAACAAAUCAAACAAUGAUAUAUUUUAAAAAAAAUACAUGUGAUAUAUGAUAUAUAUUUAUGUCAUAUUAUAUGUUUUGAAUUCAAUACAUUUCAGUUUGAUUUAUAUAGAGCUUUUUCACAAUGGACUUUGUCACAAAACAGCUUUACAGAUAUAAAUUGUAUAAAUAUGCUUACUUAAAUUCAAAUCCAAGGAUGGUCCACAUCAGAUGUGACUGUAUUUUUUACAAUCCCACUCUCAUCCCCUCCUGAAGGAAUUACAUUUUUGUAUCUACCUGUGAUAUUUUCCAUAAACCUAUGCUAAAUUGGUUCUAUUUUCCAAAAUAUAAACAAAUUUAACACAGAUUUAAACCACAGCGACCCUAAUAAGGAUAAAACAUAUAUCGGAGAUUAAUGAAUGAACAAAGUAAAUGUGCCAGUGUUAAUAAGCAUUGCCUUUAUUUAUGGCCUUUAUUUGCAGCAUGGCCUUGUGAGCUUCAUAUCUGAUCUCACACUCCCGGCAUCAUGAGAGUAAAAAUCCGUUCUCGAAGUACACCUCUAAUAUGCACCAUACCUGAAUGAUAAACCUCAGGUUGUCACACCGCUCCAUGUAAUACGUCACUGAUCCUCAAGAGGAUCUUCCUCUACUGCCAUUGGCUGAUAUCUUCUUUUUUUCAGCGAGUGUGAUGCUGUGGACCUUUACUUUAAUUUCGGUGUGACUGUUUGUCACCUUAAUCUUGCACUGUUCCUUUACAUUACCCUGCUGUUAUUGUCUGCCUGUUUGAACUGCUUACCACUUUGGAUCAGCUUUUUGGCUCUGGAGUUUGUGCUUUUUAUUUAAUUUAAUAAAGAUUCUUGCCAU